AUGGGUCGCGUUCGCACGAAGACCGUCAAGAAGUCCGCCAAAGUCAUCAUCGAGCGGUACUACCCCAAACUCACCCUCGACUUCGAGACCAACAAGCGCAUCUGCGAUGAAAUCGCCAUUAUCGCCUCGAAGCGCCUUCGCAACAAGAUCGCAGGCUACACCACCCACUUGAUGAAACGAAUCCAACGCGGCCCCGUGCGUGGCAUCUCCUUCAAACUCCAGGAAGAAGAGCGUGAGCGCAAGGAUCAAUACGUGCCCGAGAUCUCCGCCCUCGACUUCACCCAGAACACCGAGUCCGGUCAGCUCGACGUGGACAACGACACCAAGGACCUGUUGAAGAGCAUGGGCUUUGACAGUAUCCCUGUCAAUGUCGUCCCCGUGAGCCAGCAGGCGCCCCAGGAGAGGGGUGGAAGGAGAGUCUUUGGCACCGAUCGGCCGGGGCGCCGCGAGUAG